AUGGCUGGUGUUUCGAGUCGAACUCGAAGUAAGAAGAUCUCAAUGGCGGGUGUUUCGAGUCGAACUCGAAGUAAGAAUGUUCCGCUGUUGGCUUGUCUUUCAUUUCAUGGCUCGUUGAAAUCUAAGCGUACAAAAUCUGAUAUGGGUUUCGCCUCUAAAAAAAGGAAGCCAAAUCAAGACUCUCUUCUGUUGCAUGAACAAGUUAAUGUCAUUUGCUUUGACACUGACAAAGGAGGGUUGGAAGGUUGCGAAAAUAACAGUUUUGAGGGUUUUGUUGGUGCUGAAAAUGGAGGGAUUGGUGACUUAGCUGAAAAAGAUGAAAUCUUUGAUGAUGAUAAGUGUGGUGAUGAAUCUGAAUCUGAUGAUGAUGAUGAUGAUGAUGAUGAUGAUGAUGAUGAUGAUGAAUGUGAUGAUGGUGAUGAUGAUGAAAGUGAGGAAAUUGAGACAAGUGAUGAAGAAUAUCAAGUUGAUGAGGUGAAUGAAGUUUCUGACAGUGAUGAUAGCAGUUCUUCUUAUGCUGAUGAUGAUGAUGAUAAUAGUGAGGAGAAAGAAGAGAAGACAAAGGGUUGUAAGAAGAAGGAGGAGAAGAAAAUGGGUUGGAAGAAGGAGGAAGAGAAGAACAUGGGUUGGGAGGAGGAGAAGAGAAUGAGUUGGGAGGAGGAGAAAAUGAGUUGGGUGGAGACGGAUGAAGAGGUGGUGUUGGAGGAGAAAAUGGGUUGGGAGGAAAAGGAGGAGGUUGUGGUGGAGGAGGAGGUUGUAGUGGAGGUGGAGGAGACGGUGGAGGAGACGAAAAUGGGUUGGAAGAAGAAUGAGGAGGAGACGAAAAUGGAUUGGAAGAAGAAUGAGGAGGAGAAAAACAUGUGUUGGGAGGAAGAGAAGGAGGAGGAGGAGGAGGUGGUGGAGGUGGAGGAGGAGGAGACCGAGGAGGGGGUGGUGGCGGAGGAGAAAGAGGAUUUGGAAAUGGUUUGGCAAGAAUGUGCCAAUGGGCUGGCAGAGAUGGUGAGAGAGGCCAACGGUCAAAAUAGUAAGAAUGAUAAUUGUUCAUGUUCUGUAAACAAUGAUGAAUUGGAGCAUGCAUAUGAAGGUAAUGUAAGAUCCUCAAAUGCCUUUAAGAAAAAGUGUUCUUUUGUUCCAAUGGAGGCUCCUUCUUCAAAAGAUGUGCAAAUGAAAGUGAGAAAUGUCUCUAAUGAUGAUGGUAAUGUUUAUGUUGGCAAAACCAAAUCCAAAGCCAAACAAAGUGUGGUUAUAGGUGAUUUUGUUGAAGAAAAAAUGCAAUCUUUUCGAGGUUCAGGUGUUGGGAACCAAACUGAUUCUUCUAUUCAAACACAAGAUAAACAGCAAAUGAUGGAGAUGAAGGGAAGGGAUUAUAAAGGUAGAGCUAACGCCGGUAGUGGCGAGAAGAAGGAAUCCAUGGAUAAAAACAGUUUGAAUCAAAGGGGAGAAGGCAGAGUUUUUAAGCCAAAGGAGUUGCGUUUAGUCGAACUCCUUGCUGAAUACUAUUGGGGAAACAAGAAUAAUAAAAUUCAGAAUCAUUCACCUGUGUUGGAGAUAAAAGAUGUUAUUCGUCAUGAUACACGCCCACCACCUGUUUGUAACGAGACAGCUCCAUUGAUAUGGAGCCUUAAAAAGGUGGAGAAAGUACAAAAGACCAAGAACGAGGAGGAGGAGGAAGUACUGUGGGAUCAAAUGGAUACAAGCCUCAGAGAACUUGAAGCUGAAUCCAUGAUCGGAAAUUUGGGGACCAAUGAAGCUACUCAGGAUAAAAUCGGAAGUCCAUUCUCUGACUGUGAACAUGACAUCUAUCUUGACGAAGAGAUUGGUGUAUAUUGCAGGCGGUGUGGUUGGGUUGUCACUGACAUUAAAGAUGUCUCACCACAAGUGGUUGAUAAAUUUCCAUAUGAAGGUUCGGGACAAAGGGCUUCGUUUGGUGAUGCAAAUGUCUCACACUUUCAUGACUCCCACUUCAAUGUUUCUGAUCGUAACUCCGAGACUAAUUUCUCUUGUGAUGAAAGAACAGUUUGGGACCUAAUUCCUGAUGUAAAACAGACCUUAUAUUCUCACCAACAAGAAGGUUUUGAGUUCAUUUGGAAUAAGUUAGUAGGAAACAUCGAGCUUCAAGGGUUAUUAAAGAACAUCAAUCUUCAAAGGGAGGGUGGUUGCAUUAUUUCACACGCUCCUGGUACUGGAAAGACAAAGCUAACAAUAAUGUUUCUCAAGGCUUAUUUAAAAGUUUUUCCGAAAUGCUUGCCGGUUGUUGUUGCUCCAGCGGGUUUGUUGCUUACUUGGGAAGACGAAUUCAAAAAAUGGGACAUAGGUGUUCCAUUUCACAAUUUGAACAAUCCUGAGUUAUCUGUUAAAGAGCAUGAUAAUGUUGUUAAUGCAACUAAUUGGUCUGAUACACGGCGGCAUAGUUUGGACGAGACGCGAAUGGCUAAACUGAUUUCGUGGUUCAAAGAAACGAGCAUUCUGGGAAUCAGUUACACCUUGUUCAAGGAUCUAGCCCACAGAGAAGGGGAAUGCAAAGAUAAGAAAAAGAAUAAGCACGUGACAGGAUGGGACUGGGAGUCCGAAGAUAAGAAAAAGAAUAAACAGAAGAGAAAAGAAAACAGUUAUAUGAGAAAGGCUUUGCUUGAAGCUCCUGGUUUGUUGGUUCUAGAUGAAGGACAUACGCCAAGAAAUGCAAGAAGUCGUGUUUGGAAGGUGUUGUCAAAAAUUCAAACAAAGAAGCGAAUUAUGCUUUCUGGAACUCCUUUCCAGAAUAAUUUCUUGGAACUGUACAACACUUUCAGCAUAGUGAAGCCUUCUUUUCCUAACACGAUACCGCCCAAGCUGAAAAAGUUUUGCCAGAAACCUAAGAAAGCAGCAAAAGCAGAAUGGAGUUGGGAACCGGUUACUGGAAACAGUACAACAGGAAAUCCUUCUGAUGAUAAGAUCAGACAUUUGAAGUUGCUAAUGGAUCCCUUUGUUCAUGUUUACAAAGGCGCGAUUCUUCAGCAAAAGCUUUUCGGGUUAAGAGAUUGUGUGCUUCGUUUGAAGCCGGCCAGUCUUCAGAAACAAAUUCUUGAGAGCAUUAAAAGUUCUCAGAACAUAUUGAACUUUGAGCAUAAGCUGAUACUGGCAUCAGUCCACCCGUCUCUAUUUCUCGAAUGCAAACUUUUAGAAGAAGAAGAAUCUGUUGUCGACAAGGAACAGCUUGAAAAACUUAGAUUGAAUCCAAAUAUCGGUGUCAAAACAAAAUUUUUGGUGGAGUUUGUUAAUCUUUGUGUUGCUGUUAAUGAAAAAGUUCUUGUGUUCAGCCAAUUCAUCCCCCCUUUACGCUUAAUUGUUGAGCAAUUAAACUCGAUCUUCAAUUGGGCCGAGGGGAAGGAAAUACUCUACAUGGAUGGCAAUAUUGAUCUGAAGGAAAAGCAGUCUUUAAUCCACAACUUCAACGAUGCAAACAGCGAAGCUAAGAUUCUACUUGCAUGUACGAAAGCUUGUUCCGAGGGAAUUAGCUUAGUUGGAGCGUCAAGGGUUGUGCUACUUGAUGUUGUAUGGAAUCCUUCUGUCGAGCGACAGGCUAUCAGUAGAGCAUAUAGGAUUGGACAAAAGAGAGUUGUGUACACGUACCAUCUGCUCACGCACGAGACUACCGAGUGCGUCAAAUAUUUCAAACAGGCCGAAAAGGACCGGUUGUCUGAACUAGUAUUUUCAGAUAAUGUCAAGGGCAAAAACCGUGCUGUGAACUUUGAAGAUGGUAUUCUUGAUCUAAUGCUUCAGCACGAAAAACUGAAAGACAUGUUUGUCGAGUGUGUGGUACAACCAAAGGAAAAAGAUUUGGUGGAGAGUUAUUAUUAUUGA